UUAUAUACCUGUAAAGUGUGAUUGCAGAUUAUAUACAACCAAUAUGUCUACCUUCUACGUUGGAAACCGAUGAGAAGAAUUUAUACAAUAAAACCAUGACAAUCGCCGGAUGGGGAACCAUGGAGAAUCAUCCCCAAACCGUACUACCACAUGUACUCCAAGAGUUAGACGUUGUCGUCAAACCUUCGGGAGUAUGUGAUAUUAUAGUGUUGGACUGGGAGAGUCAGAUCUGUGCAGCAGGGACGGGACCUGCUAAAAGCCCAUGCCCUGGAGACUCUGGAGGUCCUCUCAUGUAUUACAACACCACAGGAGAGGGCAGAUACAUGCUUAUGGGGGUAGUCUCCGCUGGCACCCUUUGCUCCAAUGAUGAUCCUGACACCAAUCCUGGCGUCUACGCCAGAGUGUCCAACGUUAUGCCUUGGAUCUUAAAUAAUAUCCGCUAACAGGAAGAAAACAUGUUUCCUUAUUCAUUGAACUUGUUUAUUGGUAGUGUUUGUUGUUGACUGAUGAGCCUGUAGUUGUUAAUGUUGAACACACUUAGUUCUAAUAUAUAUUUUUAGUCUCUGAAAAUAAAGAUUUUAAAAGUUUUAAUAUGUUAUACAUUGAAGAUAAAUUACAUAUGUGCUAUCUUAUAAAAAACACUAAUCAUUUUUAAAACUUAGUGGACAUAUA